AUGGAAACGAAUAACGCAAGAAAUAAACAAAGUUUUGGGAGCGAAAAAGGAUUGAUUGGCCACAGUGAAGAAGAUAGACGAUAUCAUUUAUCAAUUGUUGCUUAUGUUAAUAAAUUAAAUACUACUUGGAAGGCUACCUAUAAUCGUUUUGCUUCUCGAGCAAUAAGUAAACAUGAAAUAUCUGUAUUGGCUCAAAGAAAUAACAAAAUAAAUCAGGAAUAUCUUCUUGGUGAUACAAUUGAGCAUAUAAAUUUAUUAAAAAGCAAGAAAUUACACUUGCCACAACAAUUUGAUGCUCGUUUACAAUGGCCAAACUGUUGGUCCGUUCAUCAGGUAGCUAAUCAAGGUGGUUGUGGAUCAUGCUGGGCAAUAUCAGCAGCAUCUGUAAUGUCCGAUCGUUUAUGUAUAGCAACAAAUUCUAGCAAUCAAAAGCAAAUCUCUGCAGAAGAUCUUAUAUCAUGUUGUGCGGAAUGUGGCGGAUGCCAAGGAUCACAUUGGGCACUAUCACCAUUCAUCCAUUGGCGAAACUAUGGCCUCGUAACAGGUGGUGAUUAUGGUAGUUUUGAAGGUUGUAAACCAUAUACUACUAUACCAGAUUGUGGUAGUCCAUGCUCAUUUGAAUACUAUCGAAAGAAAGUAGCAUCAGUUUGUCAAAAAACUUGUCAACCACUUUAUGGUCAUAGCUAUGAAGAGGAUCUUAUCACCAGUGAAAAAGCUUAUUGGAUUCGAGCAGAAAAAGGUAACAAUGGAAUUAAUUCAUCCGUACAAGAAAUCAUUCAAAAAACCAUUGGAAAUGAUGAUCAAACGGAAUUAAUUAAACGUGAAAUUUAUUUAUAUGGACCAAUACUUGCAUGUUUUACGGCACGAGAGGAUUUUCAGCAUUAUGAUUCAGGAAUUUAUCAAACGACUAAUAAUUCAACAAUUUCAAAAGAACUUUAUGGACAUUGCGCUAAAUUAUUAGGUUGGGGAGAAGAGAAUAACAUUAAAUAUUGGCUUUAUAUGAAUACAUGGGGAAGAAAUUGGGGUGAUUAUGGUUUUUUCCGUGUAAGUGAAACGGAAUUACCUGAAGAAGCAAUUGCCGGUUUGCCGUAA